AUGCCAUUGUAUACAUUUAAAAAAAUUACGCCUGUUCCUACAUCAAAUGAAUUACAAGAUGUAGUACUUAGUGGGACUAAUAAACAUACUCCAACUGUUGUUCAUAAACAAUAUGCUAUCCAUCGAAUUCGUGCAUUUUAUAUGAGAAAGGUUAAAUAUUGUUCACAAUCAUAUCAUGAUAAAUUAGCAUUAAUAUUAGAUGAGUUUCCAUUACUUGAUGAUCUUCAUCCAUUUUAUGGAGAUUUAUUGAAUGUUCUCUAUGAUAGAGAUCAUUAUAAACUUGCAUUAGCACAACUUUCUAUUGCAAAGAAAUUAAUUGAUUCAAUUGGAACCGAAUAUUGUAAAUAUUUGAAAUAUGCAGAUUCAUUAUACCGAUGUAAACAAUUAAAACGUGCUGCUCUUGGUCGUAUGACAUCUGUUAUUAAACAACAAAGUGCAUCACUUGCAUAUUUAGAACAAGUAAGACAACAUUUAGGAAGACUUCCAAGUAUUGAUCCAGUUUCAAAAUCAUUAAUUCUUGCAGGAUUUCCAAAUGUUGGAAAAUCAUCAUUAAUGAAUGUUAUUACAAAUGCAAAUGUUGAUGUUCAACCAUACGCAUUUACUACUAAAUCAUUAUUUAUUGGACAUACUGAUUUUAAUUAUACACAAUGGCAAGUAAUUGAUACACCAGGUAUUCUUGACCAUCCAUUAGAAGAAAGAAAUGUUAUUGAAAUGCAAUCCAUAACAGCACUUGCACAUUUACCAUGUUGUGUAUUAUAUCUUAUGGAUGUUAGUGGAAGUUGUGGAUAUACUAUUCAACAACAAGCACAAUUAUUUAAAACAAUGAGACCAUUAUUUAGUCAAAAACCUGUUGUUCUUGUAUUAAAUAAAAUUGAUAUUUGUCCAAUCAAUCAAUUAGAAGAAGAAGAAAGAAAAAUUAUUGAAGAAAUUAAAGGAAUGUCAACAUUAUGUUGUGAAUGUUCAUGUUAUAAACCAGAACUUUAUGGAGAAUUAAAAACAAAAGCAUGUGGAUUAUUGAAAGAAACAGUAGCUCAAGAUCGAUUUAGUGGAAAGAAAGGAGAAUUAUUGUUAAAUAAAUUAAGAGUCACUAUGCCAAAGAAAAGAGAUGAUAUUGCAAGACCUGCUGUUGCAGCUCCAGUCAUAAAAGAAAUGGAAACUGAUGAAAUUGAACCAGAAAUGACACAAUGUCAAAAAGAAUUAAUUAAAUAUCAACAUGACUUUGAAGCAUAUGAACGAGGAGAAAUUCCAUGGUCAGAAUAUAUGAAAGAAAGAGAAAAAUAUAUUUUGGAUAAUGAUGAAUGGAGAUAUGAUGUUAUUCCAGAAAUUGUAGAUGGUAUGAAUAUUGCAGAUUAUGUUGAUCCAGAUAUUGAAAAGAAAUUAGAAGAAUUAGAAAAAGAAGAACAAGAACAAUUACUUACAGCUACUAUGGAAUUUGAUGAUUCAAUGAAAUUAAGUGAAGAAGAUCAAAAAUUAUAUGAAGAGAUUGUUGAAGCACAAGGAGUGUUAAAAGCAGUUAGUAAAGCAAAGAAAGGAAAUGAAAAUAAUAGAAUUGAAAAUAUGACUAGAGGAAGAAGUAGAAAUGAAUUAAAAGAACAUUUAGAAGAUUUAGGUAUAGAUACAGAAACAGCACAUGAAACAUCAAAAUUAGCUAAAAGUAAAUCAAGAAGUAGAACUAAAAGUGUUAAAAGAGGAAGAGAUGUUCCAUUUAUGGAAGAAGAAGAAACUGAUGAUAAAAGAGGUAGAUCAAAUAGUAGAAAACGAAGUAGGUCUAAUUCCUUAAUUAGAAAAGGAGAAGAACAUUCAAUGCCACGACAAGAAAUGAGAGACAAAGCAGAAAGAUUACGUAGAAAAGCAAUUGAUGCUUUACAUCGACAAAGUAGGACUGGUGAAUCAGAUAGAAAACAUGAUAUUGAACGUCCAAAAUGGUUAUUAGCUGGAAAAAGAACAGCUGGAACACACGAUUGGAGAUAA